UUUCUUUCAUUCAUACCUUUGUACGCGAACGGUCAAGUAGCUGUGUGUGCAGCAAGCAAGUGAAUUCUCUGCAAACGAUCGCAUUUAUGUAUAUUUCCUUUUGAUUCGUUGGAAUAAAUACAAAAAAAAAAUAGUUUUUCUACUCUCCUAGAGCAUUUCUGUGAGAUCUUUUUAUUUUUCUUGUUCGUGUUAUUGUUGUUGGUCUCGCCCCCUCUCUAAUUCACAAUUAAAUUAUUAUUCAUCUAUUUCUAUUGUUCUUUUUGCCCUCCCCUGUUGCAUUUUUAUAAUACAUAGAAAAAAAAAAUACUCAACAUUCGUAUUUUCAAAUUGGAAAUUGAAGUUCUCUUUUGGUUUUGAAUUGAAUUUUGCAACAAGUUCACAAAAGUGAUUUUAUGUGUGUGUUUCUCUUGUCUGUUAAAAAAGAGUGGUGAAUAGCACAAAAAUAUUUUUUCCAAUAAAAAUAUUUAAAUUUUUAAAAUUGAGUGUUUUUCUCGAAUUGAAAAAAAAGAGCAAAAAAGCGCUUUUAUAAAAAAAAGAAAAUAAAUCAAAAAAAAAAAUCAGGAAAAAUGAAUAAAACCUGUGCAAGAUGCAACAAAAUUGUUUACCCAAUUGAAGAAUUAAAGUGUUUGGAUAAGACAUGGCACAAAACCUGCUUCAAAUGUACGGAAUGUGGAAUGACAUUAAAUAUGAAAACAUACAAAGGAUAUAAUAAAUCUCCAUAUUGUGAAGCGCACAUUCCAAAAGCGAAAGCAACAGCAAUCGCCGAUACACCCGAAUUGAAAAGAAUAGCAGAAAAUACAAAAAUCCAAUCAAAUGUGAAAUAUCAUGCUGAUUUUGAGAAAGCUAAGGGAAAAUUCACACAGGUUGCAGAUGAUCCCGAAACCCUUCGAAUUAAACAAAAUACGAAAAUCAUAUCAAAUGUUGCCUAUCAUGGUGAUUUGGAAAAGAAAGCAGCCAUGGAAAAGCAAAGAGAAACAGCUGAAGUGGGUGAUACCAGAGACCAAGAAUCUGAAUAUUUCUCUGAGACUCUUGCGGCCGAACAAUUAUCACAAUAUGCCCCACUACCACCACAUCCACCACAACAAACAUUGCCACCACCACCAAUACACCACCAACAGCAAAAUACUGCUUCAAUAACACCAAGUAAUCAAGCGGCGCAAAUAUCCCCCCAAUCAUAUAGUAGCCAACCUCUCCCAUCAUCAUCCUCAUCACCGCCGUCUUCUUUAAAUCAAAGAAAUCAGCAACAACAGCAAUUACAACAGCAGGUACAACAACACUAUCAGCAACCAAUGUCAGCACAAAUAAUCAAAACAAAUGCACAAAACAACACACAACAAAUUUACUCUCACCAACAACAGCAUUAUCCACAACAACCUAUAAAACAACCAACCCAACAACAACAGCAGCAACAACAACAGCCUCCAACAAAGCAGACAUCACAUUUGUAUCCGCAUCACGCACAACAACCAUCACAUACAAUGACCAAUAGCACCAGUGCCGUUGGAAGCAACAACGAUAACUAUCAACAACAACAACAGCAGCAACAACAACUUGUUGCCACGAACAACUACAAUCAGCUAAGGUCUUCGAUUUUGCAGAAUUCUCACAAUCCAACUGGUGGAUACCAAGUGGACUCUGCAUCGGGAUACUAUGACCAAUACGACAACUAUGCUCGGCCAGCACCAACAAAACAACCACAUCAACAACAACAAUCCUACACCAACAACAAUAUGAGUGGAUAUGGCAACCCUAACUCAAACUUGGCCCCACCGCAAAAACACCAACACAACAACUAUGGCUAUCAGCAGCAAGCAACUCAACAAUUCAUCAAUAGUCAGCAGCAAACAGCAGCAGCUUACAACAAUUACAACAAUUCACCAACGCCAAACAAUUCGACUGGUACGACUAAUGGGGGCUUAAAUGUUAAUGGUAGUGGCAAUCGCAUGAUGGGGGUUAAUAAUGCUGGUUCAGGUGUUGGUACUGGUGGUAGUGGUAGUGGCGGUGGGGGCAUACUAAGUGGUGGUGGUAUUGGGGUAUUAAACAGCACGGCAGCAGGAACGGCACCAACACCCGGUGGUGGUGGUGGGGGCGGUAGCAUUGGUAAAAUAGCUGACUACGAUCCACUUACCGAUGGUCCACGAAAUAUACCGAACACGACACGACCCAGCACAACACUUAUCUAUAGUUCUGAUCGUGGAUCAGUGAGUAAUGCUUAUCCUAAACGAGUUGGAUCGAUUGCUGAUAUUGAUCCUGCUAAUGGAGUUUAUGGUUCAUUGACGGAAUCACAAGCGGCCCAACAGCAACACCAACAACAACAAUACUAUCAACAACAAUUGCAUUUACUACAACAGCAACAACAACAUCAUCAGAAUCAAGUAAGGCAACAUCAACAACAACAGCAACAACUACAGCAACAACAACAGCAGCAACAACAGCAAGCACAUCAGCAUCAUCAUCAACAGCAACAACAACAACAGCAACAUCAGCUAGCGCAAAACAAGCAAAAUAUGCGAGUGUAUCGCGCACUCUAUGACUACGAGGCACAGGAUACGGAUGAAGUUAGUUUCCGAGAAGGUGAUGUUAUUUUCGAAGUCGAUUCCAUUGAUUCUGGCUGGAUGACAGGCAAAGUGGAACGAACUGGUAAAACUGGUAUGCUGCCAGCUAAUUAUGUAGAACAAGCAGUAAUCUAAUUAAAAGUAUGGAUACAUACAUAUAAUUUAUGUAUUUAUAUUUAUAUAAAUUUUAUAUAAACACAAAAUAUAAGCAAACAAUAUUUCACAAACUUAUUUAUAAAUAAAAUAAAAAUUAAAUGAACACAAUUAAAAACAAAAAAAAAAUUGUUUAAAAAUGAUGUUAAAAAUAAAAAGAAUUAUAAAAAAAAUAAAUAAAAUCACACCGAAAUGAAGAAAACACAUUUACUCGUAUGAAUAAAUUUUAUUGAAAUUAACCAAUAAACCUAUGAAAAUUGAAAAUGAUAACAAUGAAAUAUAUA